CUCGGCUUGUAAGGAGAGGCAGGCGCGCGUGGUCUCUCUGCGCAGGCGCGGCCUGUGGUUCACGCGCGGAGUUAUGCCAGCUCGGCACGUUUCGCGUGUCCGGGCCUUGUAUCGGCGCGUUUUGCUGCUGCACCGGGUUCUGCCCCCAGACCUCAAAGCCCUUGGUGACCAGUACGUGAAGGACGAAUUUAGGAGACAUAAGACCGUUGGUUCUGACGAGGCCGAGCGAUUCUUGCAGGAAUGGGAGGCAUAUGCAGCAGUGCUAUGGCAACAAGCUAAUGAAAACAGACACAAUUCAACUGAAAAAGCAUGUUUUGGAAUCUCCCUACCAGAAGAAAAACUUAAUGACUUUAGUGAUGAACAAAUUGGACAGUUGCAAGAGCUGAUGCAAGAAGCCACUAAACCCAAUAGGCAGUUUAGUAUUACUGAGUCCAGGAAACCAAAAUUUUAGUCUAUACAAUAAAGUUUAACAAAACAUUUCAAAUUCAGAGCCCCUUAUUUUAACUGUCAUUGGUUUUUAAAAUUUAUUUCUUAAGCUUUUAGGCUUUGAGAAUGCCUGGUGUUAAUGAAAUAUUCUUUUAUCUGGGGAUGAAUGCUCUUUGUAAUAUACAGAUCAGGAUCAUAAGUGGAU